AAAUAAACACUCGAAUAUAUCAAAAUAAACAUAAAUUAUAUUUAAAAUGCGAUCUAAACAAAUAUUGUUUUUACUAACAUUCUUUUUAGUUUCUGUGUUUUGUGAUGAACAUUCUCAUAUAUAUGAAGAUAAUGAAGAAGUAGUAUUAUGGAUGAAUACAGUAGGACCUUAUCAUAAUCGACAAGAAACUUAUGGAUAUUUUACUUUACCAUUUUGUAUAGGAUCUAAAGAAACUAUAUCCCAUUACCAUGAGACACUUAGUGAUGCAUUACAAGGCGUUGAGCUGGAAUUCAGUGGCAUGGAAAUUGAUUUUAAAGCUGAUGUAGGAACAACAAAUUACUGCCAAGUCCAACUAACACAAGCGAAAUAUAGUGCUUUUGUGUAUGCAGUGAAAAAUCAUUAUUGGUAUCAAAUGUAUAUUGAUGAUUUACCAAUUUGGGGUACAGUUGGUGAAAUGGAAGACAAUGAAUAUUAUUUAUGGACACAUAAAAAAUUCGAUAUUGGUUACAAUGGUAAACAGAUUGUGGAUGUAAAUUUAACAUCAGAAACUAAAAUCAAAUUAACGCCAGAUGUUAAGAUCUCAUUUACGUAUGAAGUGAAUUGGAAAAAGUCUGAUAUCAAAUUUGAAGAUAGAUUUGAUAAAUAUUUAGAUCCAAAUUUCUUCCAACAUAGGAUACAUUGGUUUAGUAUUUUUAAUAGUUUUAUGAUGGUUAUAUUUUUGGUUGGUUUAGUUUCAAUGAUUUUAAUGCGAACGUUACGUAAAGAUUAUGCUCGUUAUAGUCGUGAUGAAGAAAUUGAUGACAUGGAACGAGAUUUAGGUGAUGAAUAUGGUUGGAAACAAGUUCAUGGUGAUGUAUUUAGAUCUGCAUCGCAUCCCAUAAUAUUUUCAGCACUUGUUGGAGCUGGACAUCAAUUGACAACUGUUGUUUUUACCGUGAUAGUGUUUGCCAUAUUAGGAGAAUUAUAUACAGAACGAGGUUCACUUUUAUCAACUGCUAUAUUUGUUUAUGCCGCAACAUCGUCGGUAAAUGGAUAUUUUGGUGGAUCAUUAUAUGCAAGAAUGGGUGGAAAAGUAUGGAUUAAACAAAUGCUAGUAUCUGCAUUCCUUUUACCAGUCUUAGUUUGUGGAACUGCUUUUUGUAUUAAUUUUAUUGCAAUUUAUUAUCAUGCCUCGAGGGCAAUACCUUUUGGUACAAUGGUUGCUGUAACUUGUAUUUGUUUAUUUGUAAUUUUACCUUUAACACUGUUUGGAUCCGUAUUGGGUCGUAAUUUAGCCGGUACUCCUGAUUAUCCAUGUCGUGUAAAUGCUGUACCACGACCAAUUCCAGAAAAAAAAUGGUUUAUGGAACCACCAAUUAUUGUUAUGCUUGGAGGAAUAUUACCUUUUGCAUCGAUAUUCAUUGAAAUGUACUUUAUCUUUACAUCGUUCUGGGCAUAUAAAAUUUAUUAUGUUUAUGGAUUUAUGUUGCUGGUCUUUAUAAUUUUAUUAACAGUGACGGUAUGCGUUACAAUAGUAUGCACGUAUUUCUUAUUAAAUGCUGAAGAUUAUCGUUGGCAAUGGACCAGUUUCUUAGCGGCUGCAUCUACCAGUGGAUAUGUUUAUUUAUAUUCAUUUUAUUAUUUCUUCUUCAAAACAAAGAUGUAUGGUCUCUUUCAAACAGCUUUCUACUUUGGAUACAUGGCAUUGUUUAGUGCAGCCCUUGGUAUUAUGUGUGGUACAGUUGGAUACGUUGGUACUAGUAUAUUUGUGCGGAAAAUAUAUUCAACUGUUAAAAUUGACUAAGUGUUUAAAACAAUCUAUAUUUUUUUACUUAUAUGUACACACACCAUUAAAUAAUAGUUUUAAUUA